AUCAGGAAAAGAGGAAGAGUUGGUAGGAAAAUCAAAGAAGAAGAGGCUAAGCCUAGUAUUCCCGAUGAUGUUAAGAGUCCCGAGAUUAUUCAAUCCGUGACUAGUCCAGAAGAUGAGGAGGAUCUCACGGUUGAUGAUUUAUUAAGCUUUGCUCAAGAGUACGUCAAAGGUGAGGAAGAAGACCAGGCAUUGUCAACAUCUGAAUCAAUGGUGGUUGAUGUUAAUGAUGGAUCAAACAUGAAAGCCUCUCAAGGAGAAACAAAUGGAACCAGAGAUCCAACAUCAGAUGACAUGAUCAGUUUGCUAUUGGGUCCUUUUUUCAAUACUCGAAAAUAAUUAGAACUUGGAUUGAAUUAGAGAACUGUGUACAUGUUUAUUCUUUUUGAGAUUUUGGUUUAAUUUUCCGGUAUAUAUGAUAAAGGUUCCAUUUGUUUU